AUUACAUAAUAAUUAUGUUCAAAGUUAAGAUUCUCCAAAUAUUUGAUUCUUUUGUACUUAAUACUAUUGGUCCAUACUAUAGAAGAUUAGGGAAAAGCUUAUUAUCUUAGGGGAAUGAUAUAUUGGGAAGUGAGGCAAGUGAUGAUCGUUUAGUUUAAUGUUUAAGAUAAGUGGAAGUGAAAGGAAAUAGUCCAUAAAUAGGAGAUGCAUUAUUUACAGCUCCAAAUUCAGUAUUGAUUGGAAAUGUUAUAUUAAAAUAAAAGUAAGACUUAAAAGUUGAUUUGAUAGUUCAUCAAUAUGGUAUGGAGCAACAUUAAGAGCAGAUAAUAAUUCAAUAACAGUGGGGAAGAAUUCUUUAAUUUAGGAUAAUGUAUACAUAAAAGCAACUAAACAAAUAUAAGUUGGUAAUAAUGUGUUAGUUGGUCCAAAUUCUAAUUUAUAAGGAUGUACAAUUGGAGAUGAUGCCUUUAUUGGAAUGGGUUCAAUAGUAAAAUAAGGAGCGAAUGUUUAAGGUGUAGUUGCAGCAGGUUCUCUUGUUUAAGAAGGAACAGAAAUUAAAUAAGGUGAAGUAUGGGCAGGAUCUCCAGCUAAAUAUUUAAGAGACAUUACUCCUUAAGAAUUAUAAAUCUUGAAAGAAUAUAAAUAAGAGUUAUUAGAAUUAGCAUAAGUACAUAAUGAAGAGACAUCAAAGAGUUUCAGAUAAGUAUGAUGAACAAUCCUAUCGAAUUAGAUUGUUUUAGAUACUGACGAAAGACUAUAAAAAUAAUAAAUGGGUAGUGAGGAAGAAGCUUUGUAAAAAAUUGCUGAAUUAAAUUUCCCAUUAGAAUAUGAAGAUGAAGAAUUUAUAGAAUAAAGAGUAUUUAUGAAAUAACAACCACCAAUGUUUAUGGACUCAGAAAAUUUGUAGAGUCAAUAAGAUUAAUACGAAUAGGAUUUGAAUCAAUUUUCAGAAAGUAAUUACUUUUUUUAUUAUUAAUAGACAUGUAAAAAUAUUCAGAAGAUUAUUAAAUAUAUGAAGAAGCCAAGAAAUACUUUGAAUAGAAUCCAUAAGCAAAAGCAAAUUAAUUUGCACCAAAAUCAGAAAUUCUUGAUAAUAAUCCUUGGAGUAGAAAGUAUUGAUUUCAUCAUAAUAUAUAAUGCCAC